AUGGUUUAUGAUCAAUCUUUUAUUAUAAUCCGAGAUGAUGAACAUCGUAUCCCCAUCCCCGAGAAAUGGAGGGAUUACUCUGUUUGUUUUGAAGUAAGUAAUUUUAUUAUAAAAAUUUGUUCCAGAUUCUCCGUUACAUCUUUUUCUGUAUGAUGUUCUUUAUAACAUUCUUUGUUGUUUUCAUCGCUGGACCUUUUGAGUUGAUGUACAAGUCUGGAUGGAUUAUACUUGCAUUUUACGUUGUCUCCGCGUAUCUGAUGACCAAUGUUUUGUAUCAUUAUCACAAAGCUUGUUCUCUGAAACCAAUAAAAAUGAGACAAGUUAGUGUUUAAAUUACGAAAGAUAAUACUAUUAUAGGACUUGAAUAAUUUUAUUUUACGCUGUAUCCUCAAGUGUUUUGUAGCUUGAUCGUGACCCCAUCUGUAGCAUGUGUAAAACCUACAAGCCCUCGAAUGCCCACCAUUGCCAGAUGUGUGACACUUGUGUAUUUGACAUGGAUCAUCAUUGUGCUUGGAUAAAUAACUGUGUUGGGGCUCACAAUCAUCGACACUUCUUCCAGUUUUUGGUCUUUUUAUUUCUCGGAGCUAUCGUUUUGGUUAUUAAUUCCACCAACACUUUUUAUUAUGGAUUUUAUGUUGUAAGUCACCUGUCUAAUCACACAAUUCUUUAGGGAAAUGAUCAGGCUUACUGUAAUAACACUCAACUGUCUUAUCUUUUAUGGCGAGAUCUCCUUUGUUCUUACGGUAAUCUUCCCAUUUAUUUUUGUAUCGUCGGGGCUUUCUACUUAAGUUUUGUCACCAUAAUUAUGGUAGGAUCUCUGGUCUAUUGGAAUUUCGCGAUGAUUUCGUUUGGAACGACCCUUGUGAAAGUCUUGGUACGUUAGUUUUGGAUACGGUUUAGCAAUUUUACUGUCCCAGAGGAACGAAGGCGCUCCAGUCUGGAAGAUCGCCCUUUGCCCCUUACUGGCACCUCAUUUUAAACGAAACUGGAGACGAUUCCUUGGUCUCAGAGGACGCCGAAGUUGCUGCAGAAGACUGUUGUUACCCUCAGGCCAUAAGGAUUACAAUCAGAUGGAGGCUGAAAGUUAUUCCUGA